AUGGCAGUUUGUCCACAGAUGAACACGGAGUUGGGUGCACCUCCAGAGAUACACCUCCCGGAUUGCGAGUCCCCGUGCAUCUACCUCGAGGAUGUUCAAGCUCCGACGGGCUUCGCAAGCUGUGAGGAUGCCGGCACUUGCCCGGGAGGUGAAAAUGCCACAGGCUGGACGUGUGCCGCCGGCUAUGGUGGCAAUGCGACGACAACCUGCUUGAUUGACGCGGAGGACAACUGCAGUGCGAGCUAUGUUUUCAGUGGCUGCGGCCCACUGACCAUCUGCGCGGGCAUGCAGAAUCCCGACCCAUGCAGGUACAUACACAGCUGCAUUCCCGGACUACUGCCUGGCGAGCAGUGCGAGUUCCGCUGCAAGCCUCCAUCUUUCCUGGGUGAUCCGACAACUGGGACCUGCCCCACAGACAACACGGAUCCUUUGCGUCCUCCUGUGGUGCCUGUGCUGCCAAGCUGCGAGCCGCAGUGCACAGAACCGUCAGAGCCACCGCAAGGGUACAAUCGUUCUGGCGGAAACUGGACGUGCGCCGACGGCUACCUCGGCACAGCGGUGCCAAGUUGUGGCCCCGAUCGGAAUUGCGUGAUGCGAUUCACUCUGAGUGGCUGCGAGGAAAAGGUGCCGUGCUCUGCUCCGUCACUGCCCAGUGGCUGUGAGUAUGUCGGGGCCCAAGAGACUUGCCUCACUGUUGCCAAGCUCUCCUAA